AUGGACUUGUCCACGGAUGCCACCGAGCGCAAGGGCUCGGUGCAUCAUGAUACGCAUGCUACACCACCACAAUUCAUUCAGAAGGAACAUUGGCGAUAUCAAAGCAUGCGUAAAGCUGACCUAGAUACCGACCCAGACAUUUUUGACCUUAGCAAACGCGACCAGUUUAGUGAAGAUCACAAAGACAUCUGGCGCCCUGCAGGCAUCAUUCCCGCGACUCAGAUUGAAGCUGCUUGCCAGGCAUACGCAAGGGGCAAACCACUCGCUAUACCUGCAGAAGAUGCGCAGAUCUUCGAACAUCGCGACUUCCCUGGCCUUCAAGUUAUAUCUGGACUUCUUCCCCCUGAGACACAAGUCAUUUUUACGUCAUGUCUCAUGCACCGAGAUCUGGCAGAUGCAGGCCACAAGAUCAACCUCCAGGCGGAUUAUGAUAUCCCGUACCCUCCGAAACCCACAUCGGACGAACUGCGAUUCGACAGUAGCUUUUUUCUGCGUCAACGAGCAGCACUGGAGGACUGUUUAAUGCCGAAAGUUCAAAACAAGCUGAAUCCUCUCAACAACGAGCAAUUUUUGUACACCAAGCUUCGUUGGCUAACACUGGGCGAGCAAUACGAUUGGCCUACUCGUAGCUAUGCAAAGCAUGCAACGCCAUUCCCGGCAGAUUUAUCAACACUUGUGACUGGUCUCUUUCCCCAUAUCCGGCCAGAAUCUGGUGUGGUUUUGAUGUACUCAGCUAAAGACUUCAUGCCUGUACAUCGCGACGUCAGCGAGCAGUGUCAGAGAGCGCUUGCAAGUUUCAGCGUCGGAUGCGAUGGUAUCUUCAUCAUGGCACGAGGAGAAGAUGAUGGAGAGGGUGAGAAUGCGCCCAGAAGCGUUGCCAUCCGAGUCCACAGUGGCGACGUUGUGCAUCUGACCGGCGACGCUCGCUGGGCCUGGCACGCGAUGGCGCGUUCGAUACCUAGCACAUGUCCAUCCUACCUUGCAAGUUGGCCGGCAGGUACACCAGGCUCUACAGCAGCCGAAGAGAAAGCCUACAAGAAGUGGAAGGGCUACAUGGGCACCAAGCGCAUCAACGUAAGCUGUCGGCAGGUCUGGGAUUGA